AUUUUUUUUCUCUUUUUUUUUUUUUUUUCUUUUUCUUUUUCUUUACGAUGUGCAGAGCCCGUAGCUGGCAGAAAGACGACCAGAGGGCGAGGAUGGAGUAUAGAAGGAAGGAACGUCCUCGCGAAAAUGCAAAAGACCUUCGGCCCGUUAGGAAUGCUACACGAAUACAUGGAAAAUCGCACUCGCGUCAAGGUCUACACGAGGAACGCGCGCGGCAUAAGGGGACACGUGGAGGCAUACGUGGCUGCCUUCGACAAGCACUGGAACCUCGCGCUCGAGGACUGCUUUGAGGUUUGGACUCGUAAAGUGAAGAGGAAAGCACCUGCUCUUGCUGCGCCGGCCGCUAUGGACAUCGAGUGUGCGUAAAAUCGCAAGAAACGAUUUACUCUCUCCGUCUCUGAUGCGAAUGCUUCAAAACGUCUGCUGCCAUACGUUCGAUUAAAAUUUUUUCGGCCGGUCGAGGCGCGCGCGCGCGCAAGCGAGACCACACUCGUUCCCUAACGGACUAAUACAUAUCCGAAAAAAAGAAACAAAAAAAAAAAAAAAGAAAAUAAAGGGAUUUGCAAUUCCACCACUGUGUGACAUCAGAGGCAAAGAUCUUCGACCGGAGGAGGAGAUGGAGGUCGUUGCUAGAGGAGGAGGUGGCGGAGAAAGAGAAAGAGGAGGUGGAGGAGGCACACGGGUUCGCUUUUGCCUGAGCGUACCCGUUCGUUCACCCUAGCGGGGGCACCAACCUGGCUUUACUUCAGUUACACGCCGAGAGAGCCGGCGCUGUAUAUAGGUAUAUAAUACAUUCUCGCGUGUACUUACAUCUAGUAUAGGUAGGUAUACGGAGUGUACAGAGAGUGUCCCGGUCGAGCAUGAUGCGGUUCCACGGCCCUUUACGAGCGAGGCGGGGUACCGACUUGCCCCGUUCUCCAAAGAGAAAGAUGGAAGACACUAUGAGAGAAAGGGACAGGGGGCAAGCCCUUGUGUUCGAUCGCUUUCGACGAGCCACGGAUCGUACUUUCAAAGAAAUUUUAUACCCUGAUAUAGAUAUUAUGAUAAGAAUGAACGUGAUUUUACCUUGUCGUUGGGAAUUUUCAAUAGUUGAAUUUUAACUUUAUCAAAGUGGAAGCAAGUUGAAAUUACGAAAGUUAUUUAUAGGUUUGUGUCCUUUUUUUUUUUAUAUGUGUAUACUAACGUCAUUUUUUUCGACAAAGCACGAUUUGCAUUGCUCGGUGUCGAAGGGUCCUUGACCUAGCAGACGAUGAUUCCAAAACGCUGACUAGUCACAAUAAUAACGACGCUUAUUUACGAUAGGAUCGCUAAAAUAUAUCGCCGUAGUGCGUCGCACGUUGGUAUUUAAGGAUUGUAACGUCUUGUUAUUUUAUAUCUAAAAAGAUUUUACGAUUCUUUAUUUAUUUUCACGUAGCCUCAAUUUUCUAGCAGUAAGUAAAUAAAGGUAUCUAUAUAUCGUUACUAACUCAUAAAAAUUAAUCAGAUUGUACAAUACUUCUUCCCUGGGAAAGCUGGAUAGAGGUUAGAGUUCAAUAAGGACUACAAUAUUUUAAUUAGGUGUAACGACCAGUAUGUGUGCUGACCAUUCUGAUA